AUGCCCAAGAAACACCAAAAACGAGUCCUAUUCAUAAAGCCGCAGUCCAGCAGUCCUCCGACCCUCUCGCUCUCCAAGUCCCCGACUCCCCGACCACAAAAUGAAGCCGCUCCGCGCACCGUCAACGAUCUGAUCCGGGAGUCUCGUCGCCAGCAAUUGAAAAAUGACACGAGAAACUCUCCCGCUUCUGCCAAUGCGCCCUCUGUCCAUCCCUCCGUGAGAGCGGUCCUUGACCUGCCCACGCCACCCACACCUGCCCCGCGACCGGGAUUAGGCAGUAUUCGCGCAGCCGGUGGCGGUCCAGGUCCAAGUCGACUUCGGCGCAUCCCUGGGCCCCCUCCACCACAGAGUUGGCUCACAGACAGCGCACAUGCGCCCGCCUCUGUCAAGUCGGCCGCUGCUUAUGCCAGUGACCCCGACGCUGGAAAUGGUCGUAUCCAAGUUCGGUCGAGUAAUCUGCCGGAUGGAGCAUUCCCCUCGGCCACCUCCCUCCAGCAUCUGGUGCUGAAAAGCAUGGCAUGCAACUGGGAAUGGCAUGCAGAGAAUGACCGCGACUAUUUGGUGUACCUGCCUGUUUCACUCCGGGAAAAGCUGCUGAGCUACAUUGCGGUCUACAGCGAGGAGGUCACGAGCAAUCCCUUGAGGAUGCUGUUUCUACAUGAAACGGACAGUGAAGACAGAGCCGAGGUAAGGAGGCUGGACUUGAGUAAUGCUUUAGGGGCUUGGACGACUUUGAGACAGCUAGAAAAGGAUCUUCUAGUCAAGAAUCCAGCUCCUGCGCCGAUCGAGAAGGUGACAGACACUCAAGCUGCACCAUCGGAUCCGACGCCUGAAAGCUGGGACACCGAUGCGGACGGCGACGUCGUGGCACACACCCCAACGAUCAGCGCACUUCCCAAGGCCGUCCACAACUUCAAGAAUCUGAAGCAUCUGUCGCUUGCCAUCUCUCCUAAUAACGUCAAAGCCGCUUCGUGGUCUUCAUUACUUUCUCUUGCUGCUGAAUUGAGCACUUUGACUUCUCUCUCACUCGCAUACUGGCCCCAGCCUACAUUCACCCCGAACGCCGCUUCCACACGAGCGCUCAUCGACAUACCUGGUUCUAGAUCGGUUGUAUAUGGUGGAUCGGAUAUGUAUACCUCUUUCGACAAUGACUGGCGAGAAGCGGCAGGAAUACUCCGGACGCUUAGCCGAUCACUAUACUGUCUGAAAUGGUUGGAUCUGACAGGCUGCGGGGAUUGGUUUGCUGCGCUGGAAUGGGAGCCCUCUACUAUCGGUCUCUUCUUUUCGCAGAGAGAAGCUCUGAACCGGGAAAGGAUAGUUCCUGAAUGGAACGGCGGCUGGCGCGGGCUCGAGAAGCUGGUGCUAGAAGUUGGCUGGAGACCAAUUCGCCCUUCCGCGAUAGGACACGGCUCUCCUGGCCCAGACGAGGAUGUCGAGGCCGAGCGCACGCUUUAUCGGUACAAGAAGGAGCGAGAACGCUUCGACAGGAUUCGAAACACUGCGCAGUCUGUGGCGCGGUAUUUGCGGACUGUCCGCAAGGAGGCCGGAGGGAAGUGGAUCGAGGUCGAACUCGGCGAGGAUCUGGUAGCAUCCCUGGCGCGUGAUAAGCGGUUGGCAGAGGCAUGA